GCGGUCAGAGAUAAGGCGGGCCAGAUAGACGGGGCCUUCCCAGGAUGGGGCGGCCCCGGCGGGCCUCCCGGCACGGGCCACAGCGGGCCCGGUGGCGGCACCGGCUGGUCUGGUCCACGCCGCCCUGGCAGCCGGCCCGGCGGCGCGGCUCCGGUCGGCUUUGCUGAUGACGCGCCCGGCCGCACCGGCUUCGCCGACGACGAGCCCGGCCGGGGCGCCGCUGGCGGCGCCCCCGUCACCGGCGAUGAGUACAGCGAUGCGAUGCUCGGACACGUCGCGCACGGCGACUUGGGCGGCAUCAUCAGCACUGCGGCCGAUCAGGCCAAGACGGACCCGGCCGGCAUCCAGGCCUCGCAGCGGCUUGACGACAAGCUGUCCAAGUACGACUGGACGGGCGUCGGGCACGCGUCGACGCAGGGUUACAUUGGCGCCGCGCAGAUGGCACAGGGCGUCUUUGGGCGCGCAUGAACCAGGCCUCGUGGGCAUGCGGCAAGUGAAGGACGUGAGCUCCCACACCCUGCUAUAAUGUGUACAAUAUUCGCUGACAUCCUGACAUGAAAGAUGAAUCGCGGAGCGUGCAGUAAGUGAGACUCACACACCGCACUGUGUCACACAGCAGUCGAGUGUGGGCCCUCUCGUUCUCGCUGGAGAGUUUAUUGUGCGUUCAUCUUUAUGAU